AUGCAGUCCCCUGCUGACAAACAGGCUAUUGGCCCCUCCACCACUGCUAAACCUAGCAAACAUAAUAUUACAGCCCUGCCUACAGGCACUGCGGCCAUUGGGGGUGGUGAGGAAGAAUCCCAGGACCACACAAACUCAGAGGAUUUCCAGGCGCUCCUGGAUGCUACAAUGAACAAGUCAGCUACACAGGCCAUUUUUAAUGCCAUGGGAGUGAUGUCGGACACCCUGUCACAUACUAUCUCCUCUGCUAUCAUGGCAUCUGGCAGAAACCCUGGCUCAGCACCCCCUAUAACCUCUGAUACCAAGCCAAUGGUCCCUAGCGGUCGCAAGGCUACAGGCAAAUCACACCAUCUAACCGGUGUCACCUCCAAAAUCAGUGUGACGGACAGGUUGCGCCCUGUCGAAAAUGAAGACGUGGUGCUCCCAAGUAAGAGAUCCCUCCACCGGGAAAAAGCGGUGCGGAUUUGGAAGAGGGCAAAAGCUCUACCUGAUUCAUCCGACUCCGAUUCGGACUCAGAGGAGGUUUCAAAUAGGUCCGAUGCCAGCGACCCGGUUGACUCAGACAAUUCAUCCCCUGAACGCAGCGAGCCUGCACCCCCCGCGAUAGACGCUGACCAGGAAGCGGAUGAAUCCGCGAUUUUAGACCCCCAAAGGGAACCCCUCUUUGACCCCGACACCCUGCAAAAAACUACGCUCGGAGGAAUGCUAUCCCAUAACUCAUGUGGCCAUCUAUAUAGCGACCAGGGUGAGAAAACCCCUUGA